AUGAUUGGCUUCAAGUGGGGCGUGGAUCGCGAUGCUUUGGGGAUGGCCCAGACGGGACAUGCGAGGGCUCGCGUCAUUGAUAUGAAGGCCGUGAUCGCGGAGCUCAUCGCGAUGACGCUCUUCGUCAUCAUCGGCUGUGGCACGGCAUGUGCCAACGGCGCCGGAAAUGCGAGCCAGCGCUUGGUGGUGGCCUUGGCCUUUGGCAUGGGGAUCCUGGUCUUGGCCUAUUCGGUGGGACACCACAGUGGCGGGCAGAUCAACUGCGCCGUGACCCUGUCCUUGGUCUUGGGUGGUCAAGUGCCUUGGUACCAAGGACUCGCGAACUUGUUGGCUCAAUUGCUGGGCAGCUUGCUUGGAGCUGCGCUUUUAUGCGCCGUCUUCCCAUGCAGCCAGGAUAUGACCGGAAUGACCCUGGGCACCAACGUCAUCAAUGAUAACUAUGGAUGGGGAAAUGUGUUGGUCGGGGAGUUCUUGGGCACCUUUAUCCUUUGUUUCGUCGUCUGGGAGACGGCGGUCUCUCCUGCGGCCUCCUGUGGGAAGAACGCCUGCAUCGCGAUCGGCUUUGCCGUCUUCCUGGCGCAUGUGCUGCUGCUGCCCAUCGACGGCUGCUCCAUCAACCCCACCCGAUCCUUUGGUCCAGCGCUGGUGAGCGCCAUCCGGAACUGCCCGGGACGUGUGACCAAAGGCUUGGAGGACCUUUGGGUGAUGUGGGUGGGACCUCUACUUGGAGGUGCAGCGGCUGCAGGCCUUCACUUUGCCUUCAAGCCACGAGGUGUCACAAGCACCAAAGUUCAGGACUUUGACUCCUGA